CAUGUAUCUGUGAGUACACAUUACUGUUGGUAUAGUACUCUGCAUUUGGAUAUUAUCGUCUUGCAAUGUCGGAAACAAAGGAGGCUAAUGUGAAGCUUGUAACAAUCACAAGGUUCAAGUUUAUCCCAAGCGUAUCACCUUUUUCCAUAGCAUUGGAAACAUUUAUGAGGGUGGCAAAUAUACAAUAUGAAGUUGAAUUCGUAAAAGAAUACACUGUCAACAAGGAAACUGGACAACUGCCGUUCGUCAUUGUUAACGGAGUACAAGUGAAUGACUCGAGAAAAAUUAUGAGCCAUCUCAGUGAGCUAUUUGAUGUUGACCUUGACAGUGGAUUGAGCCCAGUAGAGAAGGUCAUUUCCCAUGCAUUUCAGAGAAUGCUGAAUGAAUUCACGAGGUGGACAUACGGUUAUUGGCGCUAUGUUGACCAACCAGAGGUUUUUUUCACUGCUGGUAUCAUGGACACACCUGAAUUAUACGGGAUUAGUCCAGAUGAUCCAGAGAAAAUGUCUAAAAUGAUCGAUGCUGGGCGAAAAAAAAUACUCGAAAUUACCGACUGCCAAGGAGUAGGGAGAAAGCCAAAAGAAGAGAUAUACAAAAUAGGCAUGGAUGACUUAAAAGGUCUAUCUGUGUAUCUUGGAGAAAAACCAUUCAUGUUUGGAGAUAAAGCCAGCAUUGUUGACUGUGUUUUGUUUUCUCACCUCUGCCAGAUUGUCUACCUUCCUUUACCAACAAUGCCACAUAAGAUUAUGGUUGAAAAUGAGUGCAAGAAUCUGGUGGCAUUCUGUGAUCGCAUGAAAGCAUUGGCUUGGCCUGAUUGGGACAAAUUAACCAAUUAAAACAUUUGUCUUUGCUUUUAUAUGAUUUAAAGUGUCAGUAUUCACAUGUUUUUAAGAUCGGCUUAAGAUGCUGUGGUACUGAACAGAAAAUGACAAAACAGGAAGUGUCAAAACCAUGCUGGAUUUCAAACAUUUUUUGAACCAAGAUUUCAGAGUUCUGUUUGCUCUGAAAAUGU